GCGGGGGGUUGAACGUUCGACACAUUCGAUAUUGAUGAUAAUAACAUAAACAAACGAAUAAAGAAAGAGAGUAACGAAGAAAAAUACUAGUGUCGGAAAGUGUUGGGUGAAGUUGUUCGUUUGAAUUUAAAAAAAAAAUGCAUAAAUAAGAAAGCAAAAAAAAAAGUGACAGUGCCGAAUAGUGUUGAAUACGGAGUGUGUGCAGUGGUGGCCUUUUACCGGUAUACUUAAACGCGUAUAGUAUAAUAAAAAGCAAAAACAAGUUUACUUCUUUCAAAUAGAAACGUACUAGCGGUGAAAUUUUUUUUACAGCAAUAACUGAGAAAGCUAGAGCAAGACAGAGAUAGAGAGGGAGAUGCUUAGGAGUGAUGAUCAGACGAAGGGUGAACCUAAUCGUUGAACGCAUAACCGAGCGGGUAAUGCUGAGCGAAUGAAUAAAUAAAGAGUUUCGAUACCGGGGGUCGUCUCGACGAGGAGGAGGACGACGACUACUAUGUCAAUACUCGCAUACCGUUCGCGAGGCGUCUGAACGGUGCCGGGAUUGGUCGUUCGGGGCGGCGUGACGUCACUCCCGCUCAUGAUAAUGAGAGCUAAGUGAAAUAUGCCAAGGAGAAGAAAUGGGGAGAUACCGCUUCCGGACGGCUGGGAUGUCGCCAGAGACUUCGACGGGAAGGUAUAUUUCAUCGAUCAUAACACGAGGAAGACGACUUGGAUCGACCCGAGAGACAGGUUUACAAAGCCCCAAACGUUCGCCGACUGCAUUGGCAAUGAACUUCCACUCGGAUGGGAAGAAGCUUACGACAAGCACGUUGGAGCUUACUACAUCAAUCACGUUAACCAAACCACUCAACUCGAAGACCCGAGAUUGGAGUGGCGUGCCAUUCAAGAGGCGAUGCUCAGGGAGUAUCUUCAGACGGCCCAGGAUGUGCUGGAGGCGAAGAAGGAAAUCUACGAUGUCAAACAGCAGAGGCUGUGCCUUGCUCAAGACGAAUACAAUCACCUCAACAAUGCUCUGACAACCCUAGGAGCAUCUCGCACAAGUUUGUGCUCCAGCUCGAGUUCUCUGAGUACCAAGUACGACCCGGACUUACUGAAGUCCGAUGUCGCCCUCGCCAGGAGCCGCGUCUCGCGGCUCAAGCGAGAACUGGAGCAAAUUCGCGCAGAGAUGAACUGCACCCAACGGGGAGUCGAUACUCUUGCUAGCGUGGAGCAAAAGUUGAACGCGCACAACGGUGGAUGUUACAACAUCACGGAGGCUCAGGCCAUCAUGACCGAGUUGAGGAACAUACAGAAAUCCCUUAGCUCUGGCGAAAAAGAAAAGGCUGAGCUCAUGCAGUCGUUGGCAAAGCUUAAGGACGAGCUGACGAGGCUACAGCUGUGCGAAGGAAGUCCCGACGCGAGCACACUGAGUCUUCCUCAGGAGAAACUAAGCACCGCAUCCCAGACCGACUUGUCCGGCGAGUUGGUACCCAUCGGUACUAGGCUAGCCGAGAUGGCCAGGAUGAGAUUGCAGUACGACGAAGCGAGGAAAAGGAUACAACAUAUACAGCAGCAGCUCGCCGAUUUGGAGGAAAAGGUGAUUCCCGGUCAGACGGAAAGCGACAAGGACAAGCUGUUGUUGUUCCAAGAGAAAGAACAGCUUCUGAGGGAACUGAGGAGUAUAACGCCGAGGACAAGAACUCAGCAGGACAUGAAGGACAUACAGGGCGAAAUAAGGAAGCUGGAACAGGACCUAAACACCGCGCUUGAAUUGUCCAACAGAACAAUCACGGACAGGGUAAGACUUCACGAGGAAAAACAGCUGCUGCUACAGCAGCUCAGAGAUGCCCUGAGGUCCAUGGCUCUGUUGGAGGGUCAGCUGAAGACCCUGAGUGCCAGCACCUUGUCCGUAAGCAGUAGCUCAAGUUUGGGCAGUCUCAGCACGACGAGCAGCAAAGGUUCUCUUAGCUCUGGUCUAAGCUUCACCGACAUUUACGGAGGCCCGCAGUAUCUCGGACCUGUUCAACAAGAGAGGCCGGUAGACAUGGUCGAUCUUCACAGACGAGUUGAGAGACUGCUCAGGGGUUCCGAUCAGAACUUGGGGAAUCUCGGGACGCCGUCCCCUGGCAGAUCACAGCCUAGCCUAUCGCCGAGGUCAAGUUUAUCCAGCGUUAGUCCGCCGGUUUCGCCUCUCUACGAGAACGCGCCUAUGGGUCCACCGCCUGCGUACGAACAGGUAGAACAGCAGAGGAGACAGCAGAGGCUUCUCGCCUCGGCUUCGCCGCUGGAUCGUAAUCAGCUGGAAGACAAACUGGCCGAGCUUAGGCUGAGCCAGCAAGCGAUUCAGGAACAGUUGUCGGCGAAUUCCGAGCACUCGAAAUUGAGCCCGCAACCGCCGGUAGAAUUUCAAUCCGGCAACAUGUCGCAGGGGAGCGGAUUGGGCAGGCCGGCAAUGCCUUUACCGCAGGAACCGCCGUUGUCACCUAUUAGCGAAACACCUCCGCCACACGGAACUAGGUCUAGAGCGAGCAGUUCUGGUACCAACACUAGAUCCGUGUCAGCGGCUGUGUCUGACGAAAGUGUCGCUGGUGACUCUGGCGUUUUUGAAGCCUCGAACAGAAGACGAUUGUCCGGAUUACUCGGCGUCGAUCCGCUUGCCCUUGGUGAAAUGAACCUGGAGACGGCGCAAGUUCAAAUCAAGCUAAGGUAUUCAGUAAGCGACGGGUUGCUGCACAUUGGAAUAGAACGUGCAAGAAACUUGGCUGCGCUAUUUAUUCCCGACAACACGCAAGUAUAUAUUAAAGCAGCCUUACUCCCGAUGCAACCUCCAGUCAGUCAUAUGUACUGCACAAAGCCUGUAACAGACUUGCGAAAACCUACAUUUGGAGAAACAUUUCCAAUAUCUGUGCCGCUUAACAAAUUAUACACAAAAACCUUGCAAGUCAAUGUUUGGUGCACUGGCGGUGAAUCUGAGGAGUGCUUGGGUUCAGCCCAAGUCUCACUGGCAGACUUCAGUCAUGAAUCACCGAGCGUCAAGUGGUACAACAUCCUCUCCUUCCGCUUUAUGCAGCCAUCUACAUCCGAUACGACAAGUAACGGUAGUACAGUCGCUAACAAGCAGGGUAAACAUGACAAACAAGAGUCAGAUAUUUCAAUGUACAGAAGUACUCAAACCCAAAAUGCAAAGGAGGAAAGUAGCGACGAGAGUACCAUAAUAAGUUCCCAAACUUCUACCUUAACACGGAAUCAGGGAUGCGAAGAAUUGCAAACAGCUGUGGCCCUACGUCUUGAAGAAUUGGCCAACUGUCUUGGAAGUCCCGAGGAGGAAGAUGAAGAUGGGGAUAGCGAUAGCGGAAGUGAAGAUAGUGACCAGGAGGGAAUUAUUGUAGAGUUUAUGUUAGAGGACAACGUUUUAGAGGAUGUAUUAGAGCAUGAGGAAGACGAAGAACUAGCGGAAGAAGAGAAUCAAACACAGGACAAGGAAACGAACACAGAGUGUAUUUUCAUUCCCGAACAAGGCAAGCAGCGAAAAUUGUCAGCCGCAGGUGUUGUUCCUGGAGCUAUUCAUGACGAUAAGAAUUCCAUCGUCAUUAAACGCAGCCAAACUUUCUCUCCUAGUGCAGCGGUCAGCAGAAAUCAUUACAUUUGCAGGUUGAACCGCAGUGACAGCGAUAGCAGUAUGCCACUUUAUAGGCGCGGUGGUCCUUUCCAGCGGAACUCGGUUGAGAGACGUUCUUUGCGUUGGCGACGACCCUCUUCUGCCUUGAGCUGUAAAACAACUUCGAAAAAAUCAAAUCAUCUUAAUUCAACAGCUAGAACUUCUCUGGAUCUUGAAUUAGACCUUCAAGCGCAGCACGCAAGGCUGACCAAUUUGCAUGACGAAUUGGGUAGAUUGAGGGAUUUAAAACAGAGGCUUGAACAGGCCAGAGAAAAGGGGGACACGGAUCUUGCUACGUGGCUGUUGGAAGAUCACAAAUUCCAAAAUCUUAUGGCACAAGCCGAGUGCGGGAAGAACGGGAAAAGCGCUGAGGAUAAAAAGGUGGAAAAAAUGUUGAAGAAGACAUCCAAGGAAAUAUAUAAGUUGCGGAAAACUAAAGCUGGCAAGGGAAAACCAGAUAUUAUUUCUUUCAAAGAAAAAAUGGCAUUCUUUACACGCGUUAACCUGAAUGUACCGGUGCUACCUUCGGAGGAUUUGAUAUCUGAGAAUGUAACAACCCUGCCGUCACUUCCGCAUAGAAGACAUAUGUCGGAACCAGCGAGCAGCCAAUCUGUCGGAGUUUCUAAAACCAAUGUUUAUAGUGUGUCAAAUAAUCUAUUGACUAAUUUAACAAAUAACGCGUCAGCUGCUUCUUCAAGUGGCAGCGCAGGAACAAAUAAUACUAGUGGUGCGAUUAAAACAAAUUGUGCUACAAACAAAACAAAUAGUGUGAGUCAUAUUCCCGCGAAUGACUCUGGAAUCUUGACGGCGGAAAAAUUGAGUCAACCCAGCCUGGAAACAGACAGUAGCAAUACACAGUGUCAGGCUGGUCAGACUGAAGUUAAUGUGAAAUCGUCGGAAGAAGCAUCGGAGAGUGGUAGCGGAGAACCUAAAAGGUACGAGUACGUUGUAGAUCGAGUUCUAGGUGUCGAAGUGUAAAUAGUAAAUAAAUAGAGAUAUAACACUUUAUUUUCAAUUAUAUCAAAUGUUAGUAGAUAUAUUAUAAGAGUGAAUAUAAGAAAAGGAAAAUUAAAUAAAAAAGAUCCAAUUAACGAAACUUGAGAUUUCGUUAUUUCUUGUUUAAAAAAUUGGUACGUGUAACAGAAGUUUUACCUCUAUACAUAUCCGUAUGUUGACACUAUUUUUAAAUCGUGAUAUGUCGAACUACAUAUUACCAUUGAAGUGUCUGGUAAUAUUCACAAUAAGAAACAAUGAAGAACAAAAUAGACGGAUGAACAAUUGAAAAAAAACUUUAUAGUAAUAAACGCAAAUCACUAUACUGUGCCAUGUGGUGUAUGAGUAACAUUACCGCGGUCUAUAGUGAUGAAACAAUUGGGCACAAGUUUCUCUAUUUUUGUUAAUCAUCAUUUUGAGCAAAGAACGGUUUCAUAUCUUUCGACACAAAAUGUAAUGAGUAUGAAUAUGUCAACAAAUGGCGUACCCGUUUCACUUUAAACACUUUUAAUGUACGACAUGCUGCUUAAUAAGGAUCGGUUGGAACAAAAUUCUGUUACAGUACCAUAUUAUACAAUCAAGUGUUUAGUCAGAAACCAUGGAUAAGCACUUAUUAAACAAAGGGAAUUGUGAAAUUACCACGAGCUAAGCAGUAAAAACGACAAAAAAAAACGAAAGGAUUAAAUUUGAAAAGUUGCCAACACCCCUUUCCGUUUUAAUGAGAUUCUUUUUUCUCUUAAUACGUAAAUAAUUUAAACGAAUACAAAAUGUAGAACUAUUAGUUAAUUUUCAUGAAAAUGAAAAUGAAAAAAAAAAAAAAAACAUAAAAGCAACAAAACACACAAACAAACAAAACUGUCUGUAAAUAUGCAAGCAUAAAUUAUUUAAUUCCAAUAACGAUUAAAUAUUUAAUUGAUAAUUAAUUAAUUAAUUAAUUAACUGUCGUAAUUCUGAAGAAUUUUGAUUGAUUGAUUGACGAUUAUUAUUUUGUUUAAACUAGGGCACGUGACCCACCGAGCAGCUGGUCUGCGCUUUGAACAAAUUAAAUUUUGUGCCCUGGUGAGAUGGAGAUAAGUUUGGUAUUUUUUUUUUUUUUUUUAUCAUAUUAACCUAAACUGGGAUUACAGGUAGACUAAAAUGAAGAACCGUCAGACUGAAUUAUUAAUUUUUGUAAGAAUCCGUUUUUUUUCUAUUUUUUUUUUUUUUUUUUUUAACGUAUACCUAUAUAUUUUGACAAAAAACACUGAUAGACAAUACCCCGGAGAUCGUGUCGUAAUACGAGUCUCUGCAUAAAGUAGCGAAGAAUGUUGCAAAUUUUUUUCUUUUUUUUACGUACCGUGUUGCUAUAGCAUUUUGUAUAUGCAUAACUUGCAUAAUUGACGCAUGUAAAUCAUAACUGUAUAAUAAUUGUUAUCUUUACACCCGUGAGUUCCCUUGGACAGAGAACAGUACAAAAUUAUAUGAACAUGUCUUGUUUGGUCAAAUAUUAAAGAAGAAAAAAUGUUGUAGCAGUCAUUGUAACAGUUAAGAACCCGCGACAUUAACUGCCAAAUAAAGUAAUAAAUAUAAAUGAUUUAUUAAUUUUUGAAUAUAUAUGUCUAUUCAACUAGAGAAUGAAAAAUCGAGUAAUAUAUAAGGUAAUUCGUACAUAAAGAAUAAAAACAUCUGUUCGAAAUAUGAAAACAAUGAAUACAACAACACGAAUAUAUUAUUACAGAAAUACUACAGGUAAAUUUAUCAUGUAUGAUCAUGAGAUUGCCUUGUGAAUACAAAAUGAAAAGUGAGAAGAAGAAAUAAACAACCAAACGGCACGGGCGAAGAAAAGAAAAAAAAUAUCUAUUUGAUGAUGAUUCCAAAAUACAGAUCUGAUAUGAAAAAAACGAGUAAAUAAUAACAACAACAACAACAAGAACAACAACAUCAACAACAACAAUAAUAAUAAUAAUAAUAAUGAAUAAUAAAAAUAAAAAAUGCCCAUAUUUUAAUAUAAUUGUUAAAUAAUUAAAUAUACAUAGUAAAAUGCUAACUGACUGAAUACCGAAUGUAAAACUCUGUUAGACCUAAUUUUUUUUAAACUGUUAACUUUUUGAUAAUAUUGUUACUGUUGGACGUCUUUAAUUCAAAAUACGAUAUAUAAAUUCAAAGCGAAACUGAAAACGUAGUGAACUUUGAUAGAAAAUCUUGUAAACAAUUCGCGAAGCGAUCGAGUACCUACCUUUAUGUUAUGGCGAAACGAUAAUUUCUCUAUUCGAUUCAUAACGUUCCUAAUCAAAUCGAAUAGUAUAUAUAUAUAUAUAUAUAUAUAUAUAAUAGACAUGCACAUGUAUACCAUUUUGAAUUAAGGAUCAUCCAAUCAUAUUAUUUGUUGCUAUAAUUGUUAAAAAAAAAAAUACUCAGCCACUAUAAGCUACAAAAAAAAAAUAAACGUUUGUUGAAUUUGCGUGAAAUAAAAUAAAAACGUCUUAUGCCUAUUUUAUAUAGUAAUAUGAACUUUGUUAAUAGUAUAUUUUCACAUCAAUUCAAAGGAAACGUUGAGAGGAAACGAGAAAUUUAGAAUAUUUCUAAGUGUUACCGUUUAUAAGCAGUCAUUCAUGAAAAAUUACAUUUUCAACAAAUUCUUAUAACGUUCAAAAUACACAAUAAUCAUCAAUUAAGACGGUCAAAAACCUAUAUACUAAAAUUACUCGUACUCACGUAUGUAUGCAUACACAUACCGGGAAGAUCUCUUGAAGCGGAAGUGUCACUCUGAAAUUGGGACCGACUGACAACGGUUAAUAUAAGGCAUAGAGUCACCCGUGGUAGCAUGAAAAAACUCCGUUUCGCGAGAUCAUCUCGAAACCUAAGCUUUAGAAGAUGAAAGUGGAGAAAAAAUGGGGCAAACAGCUUGCCGAUAUUUGAAGAAAAGUAACUAUUGAGAUACAAUUUAAAACUGUUCCAUGAUAGGAAUUGGUGAAAGAUAAAUUAUAACCAUAUGAUUUAAAUUUUAGAGAAUCAUUUGCUUCUAAGAAACAACAUAUCCCAGUUAUAAUUUGAAAUAAUAAAAUCGUACUUUCGUUUCGGGCGGUAUUGUUGCUUUAUCAUUUUUUUCUAAUUCAUAUUUUGCCAGCGGGAGGGCCAACGUGGGAAAUUAUAAAUUCAAGAUUUGUACAUAAAUCUGUAUAUAUUUAUAAGCCUCUAAUGACUAUGAUAUAUUUCAUGUAAUAUGUAACAAAAUUAUCCUAUGUACACAUACACACACAUCCACAUAUAAGUAUACAUGAAAAAUUGACUUACAAAAUUAUUAUAAAUAUUAUGAAACAUGGUCAAUACUUGGAAUAAUUAUUAUUAUUUUACUAUUAUAUUAUUAUUAUAUUAUUAUUAAUAUUAUUAUUAUACAUUGAUGUAUACGUGCUGUCUCCCUACGUGUUGUUCAUAUUAAUGUCUAUCGGAUAUCAAUUAUAUUAUGUAUUAUUAAUGUUAUCUUAUGUAUUAUUACAUUAUACAUCGUAUUAUUAAUUCAAUAUGAUAAUUUCAUGAGAAGGAAAGAAUACAUACACACACGUAUACACAAAUGAAAUGCUUUGUGAAUAUUGGUCCAUAUAUGAUAAUAAUAAUAAUACUUAGAAAGAAAUAAUAUUAAACAAAUUAGAUGUCUCACCAUAA